AUGGCGUCCUCGGCACCUAGACCUGGCUACCCCGGCCAUCCUCAGGGGCCGCCCGACGCUCUAGCCGCGGGUAUUGAGAACCUGUACGUGACUCGCCCUAACGCGCCGGUUACUCGUCCUCCGCCCUUUGCCGGCGCCGGAUCCUCCCCAACGCCCAUCGCUCGCACGGACGCACCUACGUACGCUCCUCCUCUUUGGGGCGUGUCGCCUCCGCCGUUUGUGACGGGGAAUAUUGGGCCUGGUCGACCGAUGGGGUUCGCUCAGCCGCCUCCUCCGGCCGCGUCUAGGCCGGGCCCGUUCUCCGCUUCGCCGCCCUCAAGCGGUCCGACGGCUAUAAGUAACGGACCAGCAGCGUUUGUGCCUCCUGGAUCUCGAUUUCCUCCUACCGUGCAGGGUCUGCCUGGUUUGGCGCGUGGGCCUCCGCCGCCACCCGGCGUACGUCCGAUGGCUGAUAGUCAGAACGUUCCCGGCAUCCUGCCGCAGGUUUAA